ACGAAAAAAAAAAAAAGACCUAAAACAAAAAGAAAGGAAGCUCCUUUGUCAAUCUGCUGUAAUCAGAGUCUCCAGAAGAUAUAAUUUGGAUUUCAGAUUUAUCUUCUUCCUUUUCGUUUUUUCCCGCACUUUCUCUCACACCCAAACGGAAGGAGAAAAAAUGAGGUGGGAAAGGGUCCGACAACAACAGCAACAAGUGGGUCUGGGUGAGUCGUGUUACGGGCCCGGGAAGAGGUGGGGACACACUUGUAACGCCAUUAAAGGAGGCAGCUUUCUCUACGUGUUUGGUGGCUAUGGCAAAGAUAAUUGCCAAACCAAUCAAGUCCAUGUCUUCGACGCUGCAAAGCAGAUAUGGACUCAACCAAUAAUCAGUGGAACACCUCCUCCUCCUAGGGACAGUCACACCUGUACAACAGUAGGUGACAAUCUUUUGGUGUUUGGUGGUACUGAUGGAACUAAACCUCUCAAUGAUCUGUACAUUCUAGACACUUCUUCACAUACUUGGAAGUGUCAGAGUGUUAGGGGAGAGGGACCUGAGGCAAGAGAAGGUCACAGCGCCACUCUUGUUGGUAGAAGGCUUUUUGUAUUUGGUGGCUGUGGGAAAUCUUCUGAUAUUAAUGACGAAAUCUAUUAUAAUGACCUUUACGUGCUUAAUACAGAGACUUAUGUGUGGAAACGUGCUGCUACGAUUGGGAAUCCUCCAUCUGCGCGAGAUAGCCACACUUGCUCAUCGUGGAAGAACAAAAUCGUUGUUAUAGGUGGUGAAGAUGGACAUGACUAUUAUCUGUCUGAUGUUCAUAUCCUUGAUACAGAUACAUUCGUAUGGAAAGAGUUGAAUACUUCAGGCCAGUUGUUGACACCUCGAGCUGGUCAUGUGACUGUCUCACUUGGGAGAAACUUAUAUGUGUUUGGAGGGUUUACAGAUGCUCAGAAUCUUUACGAUGAUCUAUAUGUGCUUGAUGUCGAGACGUGUGUGUGGUCAAAGGUUCUCACCAUGGGAGAAGGGCCAUCUGCUAGGUUCUCUUCUGCAGGGGCUUGUUUAGAUCCUCACAAAGCCGGAUUUCUCGUCUUUGUUGGUGGCUGCAAUAAAAGUCUCGAGGCACUGGAUGACAUGUUCUACUUACACACAGGACUUGGAUAUGAUGCAAGGCUUGAUCAGAGUGUAGGGAGCAUGUCUCUAAAGAAGCAACUGAAGCUGAAAUGCCAAGAACAAAGUCAUGCAAGUUCCUUAUACGAUAAUCAAGGAAGAGGGAAUUUCGGUUUGAACACUGGCCAAUUUGAUCAGGGAAAGAUGGUGUUUCAGGCCAGGGUAACCGAGACUUUCCCAGUUGGUUACAGUAUAGAAACAAUGAUAAAUGGAAAAGUGCUUCGUGGCGUUUUGUUUUCAACUAAGCAGAGCUCCGUUCUGCCCACUGAUCAAAGCUUUAGUAGAAAGAGGCCAGCUAUGUCGAAUGGUGAUCAGGCUAACACAUCAAAGAUACCAAGAACUUUGAGCAUGGAUCAAACUGGUGCUACUGAAGCCAAAGAUCCUCCAUCAAACGGCGUGGAGGGUGGUAUUGGUCUCAUCAAUCCUCUGGAUGUUAACAUAAACACAACCGCCGUGGUGGCACCUCAGCUCGAUAUGGGCACUGUGAAUGCAGCUCCAGCUUCAGUUGCUCAAACAGAUGAAGCUUCUUUAGAAUCUAGAAAUGCCGUAUCGAUUGAUGUUGAAGCUAGCAAGACCGGACCUGGAGAGUCAUAGGUACAGAAAAAAACAAAGAUGAGAGAGAUUCAGCGCGUUACAGAGGAACAAGGACAGCUAGAUCAUUUCUUUUCUUAUUCUGUACAUUAGGCUGGAGAUAGGAUGGUUUUAAUUUAUAAUCGAAGUUAGGUGUUCGGUGAGGAUGAGGACAAGCUAACUAACUCUGAGUUGGUUCUUUUUGUUGUUGUCUUUCUUCUGCUGGACCUCUGCAAAUGCUUUGUUUCACCUUCUUUUUGUUUUUGCUUAAUUCAACUUGCAAGUAAUGUAAUGCUUCCUCUCACAGUUCCUGAAUUUGUCUCUUUACUUCUU